GGGCGAGCCAUCAUCAUUGGCGAGGAGCAUCACUGACCUGCAACAUCACAUCCACUUCCUUCCCACUUCAAUCGAGUCAUUAGUCUCAGUAUGGCGACAAUCAGCUGUGCCCGUCGUUCGGUUCUGGGUGGCCUCCGGCUCUCUCAAGCCAGAUUUGCUUCUUCUGCUUCUGCUGCGUCUGUCUCUUCUGCUUCUUCGUCUUCGCCUGCUGGUGCAGCUGCUCCGGAACCAAGGGAAUGGCUUGUGCUGUUUCCUGACAUGCCGAACGUGCUGGAUCGUCGUCUCGAAAUCCGACCCCGUCAUUCCCCCAAUUUUGUUCGCCUUCACAAGGAACAGUGGGUUACCUGGGCCGGGCCCGUCUUCGAGAAACACACCUUCCCCGGCAACCCUCGUCGACCCUUCAAGGGUUCAGUGAUGGUAAUCAACGACGUUGGGAAGGAGCAGAUUUGGGAACGCCUGAAGAGCGAUCCCUACAUCCAGGAGAAGAUCUGGGAUCUCGAGAAUGCCCGGGUGAUUCCAUUUGUCACCAACAUGAGACGAACUCCCCAGAAGUGAACAUUAGUGAAGAGAUAUCAAAUAAAGUAUCGUUAAUUCUCUCGUUCUAU